CUGUCAGGGUUUUCAGACAGUCUCGGCUUUGAAAUUUUAGUAACACUUUGGCUUAAAAUUUCUUAUCUAGCCCAGCCGGAAUGUUUGCACGCUUCUUUCGACCGAUCCUUCAAUCUCACCGCCAUAUUUGGCUCGCUUUUAAUGCUCAUUUGCGAAGAUUCAUAUCCGACGGCUUUAGCAACAGAUAUUGUCUGGGAAAGGUGGCAACUCUGAUGCCAGUAGUAAUCAUCCGCACGGCAAACUGCAAGCCAAGUGACUUAAAUGGUGGGGAACCGAAGCGUAGGACACGAAAGCGCUCCAUGACCAAGGUCAGAUACGAGAUGAGGUUGGAGGGUAAAGCCCAGCAUUAUCUUGACGAGCUGAAGGAGCGAUGGAUGGUGCUCCAUAAGAUUCCCGGCCUGUUUUCCUAUCAGUUGCAAAAGGCUCCUCGAGUGCGACAGAUUCCAGGAUCCAGUGGAUUUUUUACGGAACUGAAUACAGACCGGUCGACAAAACGACGCCAUCCUCAGACCAUCGAGAACCUGAAUCCAACUUUUAAGCCAAAAAUGUUUAAUUUCAAUAAAGUGGACCCUAUGGAAGUGAUGCUAAGGAUCGACGAUGCCGAGGGAAGUCCCGAGGUGCAAAUGAUCAUCAAUAAGAGUCCCAUCACCAAGUACCAUACCUUAAUCUGCCCAGAAGUGGAGAAGAACCAUGUGCAGCGGCUCAAUCGCGAUGUACUUCAAUUUUGUGUCACGUUCAUGCGCAACAUCGAUGACAAAUAUAUGCGUAUGGGCUACAACAGUCCUGGUGCCCUAGCCUCGGUGAAUCACCUCCACUUCCACCUGCUGCAAAUGCCCCACAGCCUAUAUGUGGAUCGUGUUCGAUUGGAAAAACUAGCGGGGAACUAUAUUUAUCGGUUUAGUCGGCGGGCGCCCACCGAGGGCCUUUGUUUUGUCUUCGGGAAUAAUGAUAGCGAUGAAUUGGUGGACGAAAAAGUAGGAAAAAUUUACGAACUUGCCAUGUGGAUGUGCCGAUCCAACAUGCCCCAUAAUCUAUUCAUCACCCAGGACCUGCGACCGGGGAAAAAAGGUGACGUUCUAGUCUUUGUAUUUCCUCGAUCCGAAUACUGCGUUAACAAAGAUUUGGCCGACUUCAAUGUGGGAUUCUGUGAGUUAGCCGGAUACAUUCCACUACCAGACCCAGAUAGAAUGAACAAUAUUACGGAACAGGAAGUACUCUUCAGAAUCCGCACUGUAACUGGCGAUGCCCCCAAAGAUGCAUACCAAGAAAUGAUUAAAAUUAUUGAAGGACCGAAGGAAGGACUGUGGGACAUUCCUUUUACCAUGUAAAGAUUGUUAAAUAAUAUAGCUGAGACUAUUUUUGUUUAAAUAUAACUCAUUAGUCAUUUUA